AUGUCCACUCCAAACCACACCACGGUGACAGAAUUCAUUCUCCUGGGACUCACAGAUGACCCAAUACUAGAGAAGAUCCUGUUUGGGGUUUUUCUGGGUAUCUAUGUAAUCACAAUGGCAGGAAAUCUGUGCAUGAUUCUGCUGAUCAGGACCAAUUCCCACCUCCAAACGCCCAUGUAUUUCUUUCUUGGCCACCUCUCCUUUGUAGACAUUUGCUAUUCUUCCAAUAUUUCUCCAAAGAUGUUGAACAAUUUCCUCUCAGACCGGAAGACCAUCUCCUACACUGGAUGCUUCACACAGUGUCUUCUCUUCAUUGCCCUGGUGAUUACAGAGUUCUAUAUCCUUGCUUCAAUGGCCUUGGAUCGCUAUGUAGCCAUUUGCAGCCCUUUACAUUAUAGCACCAGAAUGUCCAAGAACACUUGUAUCUCUCUGGUUGCCUUCCCUUACAUUUACGGCUUUCUUAAUGGACUGUCUCAGGCACUGCUGACUUUUCACUUAUCCUUCUGUGGCUCCCUGGAAAUCAAUCACUUCUACUGUGCUGAUCCUCCUCUCAUAAUGCUGGCCUGCUCCGACACUUAUGUCAAAAAGAUGGCAAUGUUCAUCGUUGCGGGCUUUACCCUCUCAAGUUCUCUCUUCAUCAUUCUUCUGUCCUACCUUUUCAUUUUUGCAGCCAUCUUGAGGAUCCGUUCUGCUGAAGGCAGGCACAAAGCCUUUUCCACCUGUGGUUCCCACUUGACCACAGUCACCAUAUUUUAUGGAACCCUCUUCUGCAUGUACUUAAGGCCCCCAUCAGAGAAGUCUGUUGAGGAGUCCAAAGUCGUUGCAGUUUUUUACUCAUUUUUGAGUCCUAUGCUGAACCCACUGAUCUAUAGCCUAAGGAACAAAGAUGUGAUUCAUGCCUUGCAGCAAGUAAUUAAGGGAUCUUUUUGCCAGAGUGUCUUGGCUUUCCAUGCCUGAAAUAAUCUCAUGGGCUUUUCAGCCAGAUCCGAGUGCCUUUAGGGCUGAUUCUGAGGCCAGAGUGCUAUUUAGGACAUCCGCCAUUCUAUGAGUCUGCUGAGUAUCUCACUUCCCAUGUUGGAUCACUCUCCCCUUUAUUUAUUCUGUCAGUUAGUGUUAGCAGAUACUAGACUUGUUUAUGUGCUCCCUUUGACUCUUAGUCCUUUCAUUAUGAUCAAUUGUGAACUGAAAUUGAUCACUUGGAAUAGUGAGAUGGCAUUGGCACAUGCCACCUUGAUGGGAUUGAAUUGGAAUCCCCUGGUAUGUUUCCAACUCUACCAAUUGGGGCAAGUCAGCCCGAGCAUGCCCCAAAUUAUACAUCUCUUCCCUCUCUUAUUCCCACUCUUAUGUUUAACAGGGAUCACAUUUCAGUUAAUUUUCAACACUUAAGAAUA